AUGGCUCAUGCAGCCUCCCAAUUAAAGAAAAACAGGGAUUUAGAAAUCAAUGCUGAAGAAGAGACUGAGAAAAAAAGGAAACAUCGCAAACGGUCCCGGGAUCGGAAGAAAAAGUCUGAUGCCAAUGCAAGUUACUUGAGAGCGGCUCGAGCAGGACACCUUGAGAAAGCCCUUGAUUACAUAAAAAAUGGAGUGGACAUCAAUAUUUGCAAUCAGAAUGGGUUGAACGCACUCCAUCUUGCUUCCAAAGAAGGUCACGUGGAAGUGGUUUCUGAGCUGCUACAGAGAGAAGCCAAUGUGGAUGCUGCCACAAAGAAAGGCAACACAGCAUUACACAUAGCAUCAUUAGCUGGGCAAGCAGAGGUGGUCAAGGUCUUGGUUACAAAUGGAGCUAAUGUCAAUGCACAGUCUCAGAAUGGGUUCACACCAUUGUAUAUGGCAGCCCAGGAAAAUCACCUGGAAGUGGUCAAGUUUCUCCUUGACAAUGGUGCCAGCCAGAGCCUGGCUACAGAGGAUGGCUUCACACCAUUGGCAGUGGCAUUGCAACAAGGUCACGACCAAGUUGUUUCACUCUUGCUAGAAAAUGACACAAAAGGAAAAGUGCGUCUUCCAGCUCUUCACAUCGCUGCCCGAAAAGAUGACACCAAAGCUGCUGCUCUGCUCCUACAGAAUGACAACAAUGCAGAUGUGGAGUCAAAGAGUGGCUUCACUCCGCUCCAUAUAGCUGCUCACUACGGGAAUAUCAAUGUGGCCACGUUGCUGUUGAACCGAGCGGCUGCUGUGGACUUUACUGCACGGAAUGACAUCACUCCUUUACACGUUGCAUCGAAAAGAGGAAAUGCAAAUAUGGUAAAACUAUUGCUUGACCGAGGAGCUAAAAUUGAUGCCAAAACCAGGGAUGGUCUGACGCCGCUGCACUGUGGGGCAAGAAGCGGCCAUGAGCAAGUUGUGGAAAUGCUGCUUGAUCGAGCUGCGCCUAUUCUUUCCAAAACCAAGAAUGGAUUGUCUCCAUUGCACAUGGCCACCCAAGGGGACCACUUAAACUGCGUCCAGCUUCUCCUCCAGCAUAAUGUGCCCGUGGACGACGUCACCAAUGAUUACCUGACGGCCCUCCAUGUGGCUGCCCACUGUGGCCAUUAUAAAGUCGCCAAGGUCCUCUUGGAUAAGAAAGCGAACCCCAAUGCCAAAGCCUUGAAUGGCUUUACCCCUCUUCAUAUUGCCUGCAAAAAGAAUCGAAUUAAAGUCAUGGAACUCCUUCUGAAACAUGGUGCAUCCAUACAAGCCGUAACCGAGUCGGGCCUUACUCCAAUCCACGUUGCUGCCUUCAUGGGGCAUGUAAAUAUUGUAUCACAACUAAUGCAUCAUGGAGCCUCACCAAAUACCACCAACGUGAGAGGAGAAACAGCACUGCACAUGGCAGCUCGGUCCGGCCAGGCUGAAGUGGUACGGUAUCUCGUCCAAGAUGGAGCUCAGGUAGAAGCUAAAGCUAAGGAUGACCAAACCCCACUCCACAUUUCAGCCAGACUAGGGAAGGCAGAUAUAGUACAACAGCUGUUACAGCAAGGAGCUUCGCCCAAUGCAGCCACAACUUCGGGGUACACCCCCCUCCACCUUUCAGCCCGAGAGGGGCAUGAAGAUGUAGCAUCAUUCCUUUUGGAUCAUGGAGCAUCCUUAUCUAUAACAACAAAGAAAGGAUUUACUCCUCUUCAUGUGGCAGCAAAGUAUGGGAAGCUUGAAGUAGCCAAUCUCCUGUUACAGAAAAGUGCAUCUCCAGAUGCUGCUGGGAAGAGCGGGCUAACUCCACUGCAUGUAGCUGCACAUUACGAUAAUCAGAAAGUGGCCCUUCUGCUUUUGGAUCAAGGAGCCUCACCUCAUGCGGCUGCAAAGAAUGGGUACACGCCACUGCACAUCGCUGCCAAAAAGAACCAGAUGGACAUAGCCACAACUCUGCUGGAAUAUGGUGCUGAUGCCAAUGCAGUUACUCGGCAAGGGAUUGCUUCUGUCCAUCUCGCAGCUCAGGAAGGGCACGUGGACAUGGUGUCUCUGCUCCUCAGUAGAAAUGCGAAUGUGAACCUGAGCAACAAGAAUGGCCUCACCCCUCUCCACCUGGCUGCUCAGGAAGACAGAGUGAAUGUAGCCGAAGUCCUUGUAAACCAAGGGGCACACGUGGACGCCCAGACAAAGAUGGGCUAUACACCACUCCAUGUGGGCUGUCACUAUGGAAACAUCAAGAUAGUUAAUUUCCUACUCCAGCAUUCUGCAAAAGUUAAUGCCAAAACAAAGAAUGGGUACACACCCCUGCACCAAGCCGCCCAGCAGGGCCACACGCAUAUAAUCAAUGUCUUGCUUCAGAACAAUGCCUCCCCCAAUGAACUCACUGUGAAUGGAAAUACUGCCCUUGCCAUUGCCAGACGCCUUGGCUACAUCUCCGUGGUGGACACUCUGAAGGUGGUGACGGAAGAGACCAUUACCACAACUACCAUCAUAGAGAAGCACAAAAUGAAUGUUCCAGAAACAAUGAAUGAAGUCCUUGAUAUGUCCGAUGAUGAAGUUCGUAAAGCCAACGCUCCUGAAAUGCUCAGUGAUGGCGAGUAUAUCUCAGAUGUUGAAGAAGGUGAAGAUGCACUGACUGGGGACACUGACAAAUAUCUGGGGCCACAGGACCUGAAGGAACUGGGUGACGAUUCCCUGCCUGCAGAAGGAUACAUGGGCUUCAGCCUUGGAGCCCGUUCUGCCAGCCUCCGCUCCUUCAGUUCGGAUAGGUCUUACACCUUGAACAGAAGCUCCUAUGCACGGGACAGCAUGAUGAUUGAAGAACUCCUUGUGCCAUCCAAAGAGCAGCAUCUAACAUUCACAAGGGAAUUUGAUUCAGAUUCUCUGAGACAUUAUAGCUGGGCUGCGGACACCUUAGACAACGUGAAUCUUGUCUCGAGCCCUGUUCAUUCGGGAUUUCUGGUUAGUUUCAUGGUGGAUGCAAGAGGUGGCUCCAUGCGCGGAAGCCGUCACCACGGGAUGAGAAUCAUCAUUCCUCCCCGCAAGUGUACGGCCCCCACCCGAAUCACCUGCCGUUUGGUAAAGAGACAUAAACUGGCCAACCCACCCCCCAUGGUGGAAGGAGAGGGAUUAGCCAGUAGGCUGGUAGAAAUGGGUCCUGCAGGGGCACAAUUUUUAGGCCCUGUCAUAGUGGAAAUCCCUCACUUUGGUUCCAUGAGAGGAAAAGAGAGAGAACUCAUUGUUCUUCGAAGUGAAAAUGGUGAAACAUGGAAGGAACAUCAGUUUGACAGUAAAAAUGAAGACUUAGCUGAACUACUCAAUGGCAUGGAUGAAGAACUUGAUAGCCCAGAAGAGCUAGGGAAGAAGCGGAUCUGCAGGAUCAUCACGAAGGACUUCCCCCAGUAUUUUGCAGUGGUCUCUCGGAUCAAGCAGGAAAGCAACCAGAUUGGUCCCGAAGGUGGAAUUCUGAGCAGCACCACUGUGCCCCUCGUCCAAGCAUCUUUCCCAGAGGGUGCUUUAACCAAAAGAAUUAGAGUGGGCCUCCAGGCCCAGCCUGUUCCAGAAGAAAUUGUGAAAAAGAUCCUUGGAAACAAAGCAACGUUUAGCCCAAUUGUCACUGUGGAACCGAGAAGAAGGAAAUUCCAUAAACCAAUCACAAUGACCAUUCCAGUGCCCCCACCCUCUGGAGAAGGUGUAGCCAAUGGAUACAAGGGAGACACCACACCCAAUCUGCGUCUUCUCUGUAGCAUAACAGGGGGCACCUCACCUGCUCAGUGGGAAGACAUCACAGGAACAACUCCUCUGACUUUUAUAAAGGAUUGUGUCUCUUUUACAACGAAUGUUUCAGCCAGAUUUUGGCUUGCAGACUGCCAUCAAGUUUUAGAAACUGUAGGGUUAGCCACACAGCUGUACAGAGAAUUAAUAUGCGUUCCCUACAUGGCCAAGUUUGUUGUUUUUGCCAAAAUGAACGAUCCUGUAGAAUCUUCCCUGCGAUGCUUCUGCAUGACAGAUGACAAAGUGGACAAAACUUUAGAGCAGCAAGAGAAUUUUGAGGAAGUGGCAAGAAGCAAAGAUAUUGAGGUUCUGGAAGGAAAACCUAUUUAUGUUGAUUGUUAUGGAAAUCUGGCCCCACUUACUAAAGGAGGACAACAACUUGUUUUUAACUUUUAUGCUUUCAAAGAAAAUAGACUGCCAUUUUCCAUCAAGAUUAGAGACACCAGCCAAGAGCCUUGUGGUCGCCUGUCUUUUCUGAAAGAACCAAAGACAACAAAAGGUCUGCCUCAAACAGCUGUCUGCAACUUAAAUAUCACUCUGCCAGCACAUAAAAAGGAGACAGAGUCAGAUCAAGAUGAUGAGAAUGAGAAAGCAGACAGACGACAGAGCUUUGCAUCUUUAGCUCUACGUAAGCGCUACAGCUACUUGACUGAGCCCGGAAUGAUUGAACGGAGUGCAGGAGCAACAAGAUCUCUCCCCACCACUUACUCAUACAAGCCAUUCUUUUCUACAAGACCAUACCAGUCCUGGACCACAGCGCCGAUUACAGUGCCCGGGCCAGCCAAAUCAGGCUUCACUUCCUUAUCAAGUUCUUCCUCUAAUACGCCAUCAGCCUCUCCGUUAAAAUCAAUAUGGUCUGUUUCGACUCCUUCUCCAAUCAAAUCCACAUUAGGCGCCUCAACCACAUCCUCAGUUAAAUCCAUUAGUGAUGUGGCAUCUCCAAUUAGAUCUUUCCGGACAAUAUCUUCACCAAUCAAAACAGUGGUGUCACAGUCUCCAUACAAUAUCCAAGUUGCCUCUGGUACCUUGGGUAGAGCUCCUACAAUCACAGAGGCUACACCCUUAAAGGGGCUAGCAUCCAGUUCUACAUUUUCCUCUCGAACUUCUCCUGUGACUACAGCAGGGUCUCUCUUGGAGAGGUCAUCCAUUACUAUGACCCCUCCUGCCUCCCCCAAAUCAAACAUUAAUAUGUAUUCUUCGAGUCUGCCAUUUAAGUCGAUUAUCACAUCGACAGCACCGCUCAUAUCUUCACCUUUAAAGUCAGUGGUGUCUCCAGCUAAGUCCACCAUGGAUGCCAUUUCCUCAGCUAAAGUUACGAUGGCAUCCUCUCUCUCAUCACCCUUGAAACAGAUGCCUGGACAUGCGGAGGUACCAUUAGUCAACGGAUCGAUUUCUCCUCUGAAAUACCCAUCGUCUUCAACUUUAAUUAACGGAUGCAAAGCCACUGCCACAUUACAGGACAAAAUUUCUACAGCUACAAACUCUGUGAGCUCUGUGGUCAAUGCAGCCACGGACACAGUUGAGAAAGUAUUUUCUACCACGACAGCCAUGCCAUUUUCCCCUCUCAGGUCAUACGUCUCUGCAGCCCCCUCAGCUUUCCAGUCUCUAAGAACUCCUUCUGCAAGUGCACUCUACACUUCCCUUGGGUCGUCGAUAGCUGCAACUACCUCAUCUGUAACUUCAUCAAUAAUCACAGUGCCAGUAUACUCUGUAGUCAAUGUUUUGCCAGAACCAGCAUUAAAGAAAUUUCCAGACUCUAAUUCACUGACAAAAUCAGCGGCCGCCUUGUUGUCACCCAUUAAAACAUUGACUACAGAGCCAUGUUCCCAGCCCCAUUUCAACCGAACUUCAUCUCCAGUUAAGUCAUCUUUGUUCCUUGCACCUUCUGCCCUUAAGCUGUCUACGCCAUCUUCUUUAUCUUCCAGCCAGGAGAUAUUAAAAGACGUGGCUGAAAUGAAGGAGGACCUCAUGCGGAUGACUGCAAUACUACAGACAGAUGUGCCCGAGGAGAAGCCAUUCCAACCUGAACUCCCCAAAGAAGGGAGAAUUGACGAUGAAGAGCCUUUCAAAAUUGUGGAGAAAGUAAAAGAAGACUUGGUGAAAGUGAGUGAGAUCCUGAAAAAGGAUGUAUGUGUAGAUAACAAAGGACCACCCAAAUCACCAAAGAGUGACAAAGGACACUCUCCCGAAGAAGACUGGAUAGAAUUUAGUUCAGAAGAAAUAAGAGAAGCAAGGCAACAGGCUGCCACAAGCCAGUCCCCAUCUCUGCCAGAGAGAGUGCAAGUCAAAGCGAAAGCUGCCUCUGAAAAGGACUACAACCUGACUAAAGUUAUUGAUUACCUGACCAACGAUAUUGGGAACAGCUCAUUGACCAACUUCAAGUACAAGUUUGAGGAUGCAAAGAAGGAUGGCGAGGAGAGACAAAAAAGAAUCUUAAAGCCAGCAAUUGCCUUGCAGGAACACAAACUCAAAAUGCCACCAGCCUCUAUGAGGCCUUCCACCUCUGAGAAGGAACUAUGCAAAAUGGCUGAUUCCUUCUUUGGAACAGAUGCAAUUUUAGAGUCUCCUGAUGACUUUUCUCAACACGACCAAGAUAAAAGUCCCCUGUCUGACAGUGGCUUUGAAACAAGAAGCGAGAAGACACCUUCAGCCCCACAGAGUGCAGAAAGCACUGGUCCUAAACCACUUUUUCAUGAAGUUCCCAUCCCUCCUGUCAUUACAGAAACAAGGACUGAAGUGGUUCAUGUUAUCAGGAGCUAUGAGCCCUCUACUGGGGAUGCUCCCCAGUCCCAGCCCGAGGAGCCUAUGUCCCCCAAGCCCUCGUCCGCAUUUAUGGAAUUAGAACCAAAGCCCACCACCUCUAGUAUUAAAGAAAAGGUGAAAGCGUUUCAAAUGAAAGCCAAUAGUGAAGAAGAUGACCACAGUCGGGUGUUGGGCAAAGGCAUGCGUGUUAAAGAAGAGACUCACAUCACCACCACCACCAGAACCGUGUACCAUUCUCCACCAGGCAGUGAGGGCGCCUCGGAAAGAAUUGAAGAGACCAUGUCAGUCCAUGACAUCAUGAAAGCCUUUCAGUCCGGGCGAGACCCUUCCAAAGAACUGGCAGGGCUGUUUGAACACAAGUCGGCCAUGUCUGCAGAUGUUCACAAGUCUGCUGCUGAGACAUCAGCCCAGCAUGCAGAGAAGGACAACCAAAUGAAACCCAAACUGGAGCGUAUAAUUGAAGUCCACAUCGAAAAAGGUAACCAAGCUGAGCCCACUGAAGUCAUUAUUAGAGAAACCAAAAAGCAUCCAGAAAAGGAAAUGUAUGUGUAUCAGAAAGACUUAUCCCGGGGAGAUAUUAACCUAAAAGAUUUUCUGCCAGAAAAACACGAUGCUUUUCCUUGUCCCGAAGAGCAGGGUCCGCAAGAAGAAGAAGAACUGACUGCAGAGGAGUCAUUGCCUUCUUAUCUGGAGUCUUCCAGAGUAAACACUCCCGUGUCCCAAGAAGAAGAUAGCCGCCCUAGUUCUGCUCAGCUUCUCUCUGAUGACUCUUAUAAAACACUGAAGCUCUUGAGUCAACACUCUGUAGAAUACCAUGACGAUGAGUUGUCAGAACUAAGAGGGGAGUCAUACAGGUUUGCUGAGAAAAUGCUUCUCUCAGAAAAGCUAGAUGUGUCUCAUUCUGAUACUGAGGAAUCUGUGACAGACCUUGCAGGACCCCCUAGCUCAGAGUUACAGGGGUCUGAUAAGCGGUCCAGAGAAAAAGUAGCCACUGCCCCCAAAAGAGAAAUCCUCUCCAAAAUCUAUAAAGAUGUAUCUGAAAAUGGUGUAGGUAAAGUGUCCAAAGAUGAGCGUUUUGAUAAAGUGACAGUGUUGCACUAUUCUGGUGAUGUUAGUAGUCCCAAACAUGCCAUGUGGAUGCGCUUUACUGAGGACAGAUUAGACAGAGGUAGAGAGAAGUUGAUGUAUGAAGAUAGGGUGGACAGGACUGUCAAGGAGGCUGAAGAAAAACUGACAGAGGUGUCACAGUUCUUUCGGGACAAAACUGAGAAGCUCAAUGAUGAACUGCAGUCCCCAGAGAAAAAGCCACGCCCCAAAAAUGGCAAAGAAUACUCUUCCCAAAGCUCAACCAGCAGCAGCCCUGAGAAAGUACUGACAGAACUGUUGGCAUCCAACGAUGAUUGGGUUAAGGCAAGGCAACAGGGCCCUGAUGGACCACAAGGCUGUCCCCAGGCUGAGGAGAAAAAGGUGUCCAGUCUGCCCAGCAGCCCAGAGAAGGUUCUUCCCCAACAGAGUGAGGAUGGCCAGUCUACCAUGGAAGCUAAAGGGGGUGCUACACAUAGCAAAGCCUCCGAAGGGCCCCAGUCUGGAUUCCAGCUCAAACAAUCUAAACUCAGUUCCAUUAGAUUAAAAUUUGAACAAGGCACACACGCCAAAAGCAAGGACCUGUCUCAAGAAGAAAAAAAGGCAGAUGGCCAAUCCCGAAUCCCAGUUAAAAAAAUACAGGAGAGCAAAUUGCCUGUCUACCAAGUUUUUGCUAGAGAAAAACAGCAGAAGGCCAUAGACCUCUCAGAGGAAAGUGUGUGUGCGCAAAAAGAGUUCAUGGUAUUAAAAGCUAAAGAUGAGCCUGCCCAAAGCAGCGAGACGGUGGUCAAUGAUUCUGGCUCUAACGAUGUCAAAAAACAGAGAACUGAAAUGUCAAGUAAAGCCAUGCCUGACUAUUUUUCCGAGCAACAGGCUAAAGACUUGGCAUGCCAUGUAACCUCAGAUUUAGCAACCAAGGGACCAUGGGACAAAAAGGUCUUUAGAACAUGGGAAAGUUCUGGGGCCACUAACCAUAAGUCCCAGAAAGAAAAACUUUCACAUGUAAUUGUGCAUGGUGUAAGAGAGAAUCACAAUGCUCACCCUGAGAGUACAAGUGUGGAUGAAAAGAAUGAAUUGGUGUCUGUGACUGAGAGAGAACCCAAAUUGUUAACAAAUGGCUCUCUCUCAGAACUUAAGGAAAUGACUGUAAAAUCUCCCUCCAAGAAAGUGUUAUACAGGGAAUAUGUUGUGAAAGAAGGGGAGCGUGUGGGCGGGGCUCUCGACCAGCCUGCCAGGAGGAGCGAGAACUCAGCAAUGUCUCACAUUCCAGUCAGAGUUGCUGACGAGAGGAGAAUGUUGGCGUCUAAUAUUCCCGAUGGGUUUUGUGAGCAGUCAACCUUUCCAAAACGUGAACUGUCACAAAAACUGUCCCAGUCGAGUACGAGCAAAGAGACAGUUGAGACCCAGCACUUUAAUUCCAUAGAAGAUGAAAAAGUCACUUACUCAGAAAUCAGCACAGUUUCCAAACAUCAGAGCUAUGUAGGCUUAUGCCCGCCUCUCGAUGAGACGGAGACUUCUCCCACCAAAUCUCCUGAUUCUUUAGAGUUUAGCCCAGGAAAGGACUCUCCCUCUAGUGAUGUGUUCGACCACAGUCCUACUGAUGCACUGGGAAAACGUGCUCCACUAGCCCAGACCGAGGGAGGGAAAGAGAUUAAAACCUUGCCGGUUUAUGUCAGUUUUGUACAAGUGGGAAAGCAAUAUGAAAAGGAGAUACAGCAAGGAAGUGUAAAGAAAAUCAUCAGUCAGGAAUGUAAAACAGUCCAAGAGACCAGGGGGACCUUUUAUACAACUAGACAGCAAAAGCAGCCUCCUUCUCCCCAAGGUAGCCCAGAAGACGAUACUCUAGAGCAAGUAUCUUUUCUAGACAGCUCGGGGAAAAGCCCUUUAACGCCAGAAACACCCAGUUCAGAGGAAGUGAGUUACGAAUUCACAUCUAAGACCCCAGACUCGCUCAUAGCUUAUAUACCAGGCAAACCCAGCCCAAUCCCUGAGGUUUCAGAGGAAUCAGAGGAGGAGGAAAUGGCCAGGUCAACCUCUCUAAAGCAGCCUACGGUGGAAGAAAGCACCGUUGAGUGUGAGGCACCUAAGGAUGUGAGCAGAGACUUUAUCCAAAGACCCAAACCGAACAGGGUUGCCUAUAUCGAAUUUCCUCCUCCUCCACCUCUGGAUGCAGACCAGAUGGAGUCAGAGAAGAAGCUCCAUUACCUCCCUGAAAGGGAGGUUGACAUGAUUGAAGUCAGUCUGCAGGAUGAGCAUGACAAGUACCAGCUGGCGGAACCUGUCAUCAGAGUGCAGCCUCCUUCACCCAUUCCACCAGGGGCAGACGCCAGUGAAUCGAGCGAUGACGAAUCUGUUUAUCAACCGGUCCCAGUUAAAAAAUACACUUUUAAAUUAAAGGAAGUCGAGGAUGAGCAAAAAGAAAUGACAAAAGCCAAGGCUGCUGCCGAAAAGGCUUCCACCAAACAGAAAGAAGCAGAAAGUAAUGGAUCUGGCAAAGAGAACGAAUUUGGCCUUGGCCUUGACUCCCCUCAGAAUGAAACUGCUCAGAAUGGGAACAAUGACCAGUCCAUCACAGAGUGCUCCAUCGCUACCACCGCAGAAUUUUCUCAUGAUACUGAUGCCACGGAGAUUGACUCUCUGGAUGGCUAUGACCUACAAGAUGAAGAUGAUGGGCUGACAGAGAGCGAUUCCAAACUCCCAGGUCAAAUGAUGGAAAUGAAGAAAGAUGUCUGGAACACAGAGGGCAUUCUGAAGCCAGCCGAUCGCUCUUUUAGCCAAAGUAAACUGGAAGUUAUCGAGGAGGAGGAGGGAAAAGUUGUCCCAGAUGAGGAUAAACCAUCCUCGAAAAGCUCUUCGUCUGAAAGGACUCCUGACAAGACUGAUCAGAAAUCAGGGGCCCAGUUUUUUACCCUGGAAGGCAGACAUCCCGAUAGAUCAGUAUUUCCCGAUACUUACUUCAGUUACAAAGUAGAUGAAGAAUUUGCCACUCCUUUCAAAACAGUAGCUACCAAAGGUCUAGAUUUCGACCCUUGGUCUAAUAACCGAGGGGAUGAUGAAGUUUUUGAUGGUAAUAAAUCCAGGGAAGAUGAAAGUAAGCCGUUUGGUCUGGCGGUGGAAGACCGCUCUCCAGCAACAACCCCUGACACAACGCCAGCCCGAACGCCAACUGAUGAAAGUACCCCAACUAGCGAGCCUAACCCCUUCCCAUUUCAUGAAGGGAAAAUGUUUGAGAUGACUCGCAGUGGUGCAAUUGACAUGAGCAAGAGGGAUUUUGUUGAAGAGAGGCUCCAAUUUUUCCAGAUUGGUGAGCAUACUUCUGAAGGGAAGUCAGGGGACCAGGGGGAAGGGGAUAAAAGUAUGGUUACUGACACCCCACAGCCACAGUCAGGGGACACCACUGUAGAAAACAAUCUAGAGAGAAAUGUAGAGGCAACGGCAGUGGAACCUAACCCCAGCAUCCCGACCAGCGGAGAGUAUCAGGAAGGCACAGCCAGUAGUGGCUCCCUGGAGAAAAUCACAGCCACCUGUAACACCUCUAAAGUUGACCCCAAGUUGCGUACACCUAUAAAAAUGGGAAUUUCUGCAUCUACCAUGACCAUGAAGAAAGAAGGCUCUGGAGAAGGAACAGAUAAGAUGGAAGCUGUGAUGACCAGUGGUCAGGGCUUAGAGAACGAGACAAUGGCAGCGAAUUCAAAUCCAACCGGUAGCCAGAUGGGCAGUAGGCCCCAAGAAAAACAUGAUUUUCAAAAAGAUAACUUUAAUAAUAACAAUAAUUUGGAUUCUUCCACUGUCCAGACAGAUCACAUUACAAGUCACGUAGUUCUGACAGAACAGUCGGCACCCACUUGUGUCACAGAGAAAACUAAUCCAGUGAAAGGCUCCUCAGGAAAAAAGACAGGGGUACUGCAAGGACCCUGUGCCAAAGACAGGCAGAAAGCUCCCGGAGAACAGCAAAAGACAAAGGAAUCAAUAGGGGUUAGGCGAAAAUCCAAGCUUCCCAUAAAAGCCACUUCACCAAAAGAUACCUGCCCAGCAAACCAUAUGCCAAACAUGAAGGCAAGUAAAACAAAGCAGGUUAGUCGAUCUGAGAAAACCAAAACCUUUACCACUUCUUCGUGUUUAGAUACGAAGUCUCGGAUUCCAGUAAAACACACACACAGGGAAGACCUAGUCUCAGUUAGGAAAGCAUGCACCACACAAAAGCAAGGGCAGCCCGAGAAAGGCAAGGCCAAACAGCUUCCAUCCAAGUUGCCAGUAAAGGUAAGAUCCACCUGUGUCACCUCCACCACCACCGCCACCACCACCACCACCACCACCACCACAGUUAAAGUUAGGAGAAGUCAGCUUAAGGAAGUAUGUAAACAUUCCAUUGAAUAUUUUAAGGGAAUUAGUGGUGAGACCUUAAAGCUUGUGGAUCGCCUCUCUGAAGAAGACAAAAAGAUGCAGUCGGAGUUGUCCGAUGAGGAAGAAAGUACCUCAAGAAACACAUCGUUGUCCGAGACUUCCCGGGGCGGCCAGCCUUCAGUAACCACGAAGUCUACUAGAGAUAAGAAAACAGAGGCAGCACCUUUAAAGUCAAAGAGUGAAAAAGCCGGCAGUGAGAGAAGGAGCAGUAGGAGGACUGGUCCACAGAGUCCAUGUGAACGGACAGAUAUCAGGAUGGCAAUAGUAGCCGAUCACCUGGGACUUAGCUGGACAGAACUGGCAAGGGAACUGAAUUUUUCAGUGGAUGAAAUCAAUCAGAUACGUGUGGAAAAUCCAAAUUCUUUAAUUUCCCAAAGCUUCAUGUUAUUAAAAAAAUGGGUUACCAGAGACGGAAAAAAUGCUACAACUGAUGCCUUAACUUCGGUCUUGACAAAAAUUAACCGAAUAGACAUAGUGACUCUACUAGAAGGACCAAUAUUUGAUUAUGGGAAUAUUUCAGGCACCAGAAGCUUUGCUGAUGAAAACAAUGUUUUCCAUGACCCUGUUGAUGGUUGGCAGAACGAGACAUCAAGCGGAAACCUUGAGUCCCCUGCCCAAGCUCGAAGAGUAACUGGUGGGUUACUAGACAGACUGGAUGACAGUCCUGACCAGUGUAGAGAUUCCAUUACCUCAUACCUCAAAGGGGAAGCUGGGAAAUUUGAAGCAAAUGGAACCCAUGCAGAAGUCACCCCAGAAGCAAAGACAAAAACUUACUUUCCUGAAUCCCCAAAUGAUAUAGGAAAACAGACCACAAAGGAAACUCUGAAGCCAAAAGUACCCGGAUCGGGUGGAGCUGAGGAACCAGCAUUACCACUCACAACACAUCAGAAAUCUCUGGAAGAAACCAGCAAGUUUGUAAGAGAAGAGCCUAAACCCUGUGUGCCUGUCAGUAUGAAAAAAUUGAGUAGGACUUCUCCUGCUGACGGCAAACCAAGGCUUAACCUCCAUGAAGAAGAGGGGGCCAGUGGGUCUGAGCCAAAGGUCAAAAGUCCGGGUGCGGCUCUUACAAGGAUGACCACCUGCUGUUACAAGCAGGGAGAAGUUUAUAAGAUGAAGACGAAGAAAGAAAUCCGGCAUGUGGAAAAGAAGAGCCACUCAUAACAGUGAAUGGAGCAUGUGUACUUACUGCCAGUAUUGAAAAUUUAACAGAAGAAAUAUCAGCAGGAAGUAAAAUAAUUUAUGAAGAAGGGGGUGUGUGUUUGCUGCUUCCACACAUUAAUGGCAUGAUUUUUUUAAUGCAAAAAGAAAAAGAAACCCACUCACCUUUUAAUUUAGCAUGAGCCAAUUUACAGAGCAUGGAAAUUCACUUUCAUUUCCGGGAUUGGCGCGUGUGCAAUGAGCAAUGCAGUGUACAUACAAGAAGCCAUGCUGUUAACAGUUUCUCUCAAGUAAUUUGGUGUCAUUUACAAAAAGGAAGAAAUUCCUGCCGCCAGAGGGACAGAAGGAGAUGAGACGAUCAAAAUACUGAGAAACACUAAAAUUACUGAAUCCACAACAGCUCGCCUUAUUUUUCUUGGACCCAAACUGUCAGGGUAUAAACACUAUUUGUUUCUUUUUUUAAAACAUCGAUAGUUUUGCUGUAAAUAACAACACUGUAUAAAUUCUAACAGAAAAAAAAAAUAGAAUAAAUGUUGAUAAGGCACUGCCUCUUAGAACACAAACAGAAUAUUACAAAUGCAUUUAACAUAAUAGGGGCUCAAGUGACUUCACCCUAGAAGAGGAAGGAGGGGACUCUGGGGGUGGGGGGAACUCUUCACUGAGAUUCUUGUAUAUUCGCAAUUAUAAUGUUUGUAUAUGCAAAACUGCUAGCUUGAUUUUAAAAAGAAAAAGCAAAUCUUUAAAAAAUCUGCUGCAAAUUUAAAUAAUUCCCCAGAUGAGGAAUUCUGUAGUUCUGUGAAAAAAAAAUUUUCUUCAGAAUAUUAAUAUUUUGAUGCAUGUGUAUCACCUUAUUUUGAUUAAAUCUUUUUCCAAUUUUGCAAACACUACAGUAUACUGCAACACAGAAGAUUUUAUCUGUAAACACAAAGCCCUUCAUCUAAUAUUUGUUGCUAUUGCCAAUUUUUCAAUGAAAUGACCUAAAAAUUAAAAAAAAAAAUCACCUAUACAGUAGUUGCUUUCGGGGGUGGGGGGAGGCUGUUAGUGCUUAAAAGGGGGAUAAUGCUUGCCGCUAUAGAGGUGGAUGGUGCUCCUAAGAGGCCCCAGUUGGGGGUAUUUAAAAUGAACUGAACAGAAAUCCUUAGCUAGUAGAAUGGCAGCUCGCUGUAAAAUUAUUCCUGUAUUGUGUACUGGCUAUAAGAUGUAGUCACCUUUCAGUAAGCCAAUCAUUUGUAACCAUUCUAGCAGUGUCAUAUUAGGUUAAUAAGGCUGCUACUGUGUUUUCAAGGGCAUUUUUAUUUGGGUUUUGGGUGAAAUUCUUUCCUUUGUUGAUUAUAUUCACAUAAAAAUCAACCUUCAUGGACACAUAGAUUCUAAUGACAUAUGUAUGAAAAACCAGACACUGGAUGACCUAGUCAAUUAUUUAAGCAUAUAAUAAAUUGUGUUAAACUCUUCA